AGUGAACGUAGCAGCGUUAAGGCACCGCUGAAGAACAGUUUUUAUUUUCCACCAUCAUUCCAUUAUUUUAUGAAUUGUAUAUUUGUGUAGAAACAUAUAUAUAUAUAUAUAUAUAUAUAUUUUUCUUUCUAUUUUUUAAAGAAUAGCAAGACCCGGAGAAGAUGGAACUGAAUUCUCUUUUAAUUUUGCUGGAGGCUGCAGAAUAUUUGGAGAGAAGAGACAGAGAGGCAGAGCACGGUUAUGCGUCUGUUUUACCGUACAGCAGCGACUUUUCCCGAAAGAAAACGAAAGCCACACCAAUUUCCAGAAAAGCUCUGAACAAUAGAUCGUCACACAACGAGCUCGAGAAACACAGACGUGCCAAGCUACGGCUCUACUUGGAGCAGUUGAAGAAGCUGGUGCCUUUGGGUCCAGACAGCACGAGACACACCACCCUGAGCCUGCUGAAAAGGGCCAAAAUGCACAUUAAGAAGCUGGAGGAGCAGGACAGGAAGGCUCUAAACGUGAAGGAGCAGCUUCAAAGAGAGCACCGCUACCUCAAACGCCGCCUUGAGCAGCUCUCUGUGUCGGGAUCCGUGGAGCGCAUCCGCACCGACAGCAUGGGCUCCACCAUUUCCACCGAUUCAGAGCAAGAGGUGGACAUCGAGGGCAUGGAGUUCACCCCGGGUGAGGCAGACAGCGUAGACAGCAUCAGCGACGGCGAGGAAGAGGAGGAGGAGGAGGACCACUACAGCGUCCAGAGCAGCUCUAGCGACACCAGCUACACAGCCGCACAUUCCCACAGACUGCAGCCGCAUCACUGUUAGGCACCUUCCAUUGCUCAAACAACCAGUUCCCCCCACCCUUUUUGCUUUCCUUUCUGAUACCCCAACAGCGCCCGCUACCUGCAUCAGACCAGUCCACAACGGCGGUACAGCUUCCACCUGUCCCAGGCCACGACUCUGCAGGCCGACAUGCUAGCCGAGCCCUUCCUGGCACUCCUCACCCCUAAUCAUUGAUCUCUCCCUAAUGUAUCCUGCCUCCGAUACGCCCUGUCCUCACAGCCCCUUCUAACCUAGAGUUGCUGCAGGCUCAGAUAGUGCAGAGUUUAUGGUUUUUCUAUCUGAUAAUUCUGCGGGGGUAAAGGUGAACAGCUUUGACCUGGUAAUUGCUUCAUGCAAACUUCAGUCAUCUUCCAGAGGCAAUAGUACUUGGACAAGGCUUUGCACUAAAAAGAAAAGCACUUCUGUUUGCGCAGCAAUACAUGCAACAUUAGGACCUCAAAAGUCAUUCUCAUCUAACGGCAUCAUCCAUUUAAUCAUAAAUAGAAAAAUGACUGUUGCAUAAGAUCUGUAGGUGUCUUGAAACAUUCUGCCUACAAAUGAAAGGACAAUGGCUUUAAAUCUGCUUUCAAAUGAGUAAAUUGUGUUUGGUAAUAACAUUUGGAGAGAGUACCUACCUAGAUUUAACAUCUUGGUGAGACGUAUCUCCUCAGGUUGUACAGAUGCCAAGCCAAGCUCAGAAAUGCCUCUCUGAAGUAGCUACAGUGCCUCACAAAAAGCAUUUAUACUGCUUCUAAUGAAAAGGUUCCAGGGGUGUGAACACUUUUCGGAGGCCCUGCAGAGGCCUGCAAAGGAGCACCGCCAAAUCUUUCAUCACACCCUGACCUGCCAGUCGAGAAGCAUUGACCCUUUCAUUUUUUAUAUCUUCAUCAUGUCCUGAAUGCACAGCCAGGUUGCCAUAAGCGUGCAACACGCAUUUGAACUUUUAUUUUUGUUUUUUUCCCCAGAACCUCUUUUGAUGGUCAGUUCAUCUUUCUAUAAAGAAGACAGGAGAAACGUCAGAGCUGCAGCAGAGCAGAAACAGUGUAAAUCAGUGUAAAUAAUCCAGUUACUGUCCUUAUCUACACGUCGCCAUUUGGUUGGGUCGCCUAACCACUAACGCCACACUACUGACCACUACACUAUACUACCAGAUGGUGUGGAUGGACUACUAAGUCAGAGAGAAAAAAAAGAAGGAAGGAGUUGUCCUACAACUAUAAAAACUCAAAUCUCGUGUGUUUUUUUUUUUCUUCUUCUCAGUAGCUAAUUGAUGUAGCAAUAAGAGGAUUCCUCUUAAGUUUUGAAGUGAUCCUGGUGGACCACGAGUUAUUGUUAUUGGGAGAUUUUUUUUGUCGUGUUUUAUUCCUUGUAAGCCUUUAGAUGGUAAGCUGUCCUUCGCAUCGGAUUCACUAACUGAUCCUGACCCGUCAGCACAGCACCAUCUAACAUUAAAUGGUAGAAAGAUUCUCUGCAGCUCUGUCGCUUCGCUUGCAUUUACAGAGUUCGAUUAGCAGGUCAAAGCUGGCACAUCAAAGUGGAAAAAAAUGGAACAAAUGAUCAUCUUUCAGUUUCUCUAAAACAAGAAAUCUUCUCUUCUCUGCUCACUGUUACUUUUUAACCCUCCCGGUUUUUGUGGGUGAAGUCCCCCCCCCCCGUAUUUGACUGUAACUCAUGCACAGUAGUGGCUUUGGAUGGACGAGGUGCUGCUGUUGCUCUCUGACGGUGUUAGCAAUCAGUAGCCCCCUCACCCACCCAGCCCCCGGCCUCUUGCAGUGUAGAGCUUGGCACUUUAAAAAACAGAAAAGCAGCCCGUCCACUACAGCGGGUGGGUCUGACCAAAAAAACACAAAACAUUAUAUAUAUAAAAAAAAAAAAAAAACUGGAAAGAAAAGAAGCUACUCGUCACUCAAAGUGAAACCAGCUAGUGUGGUCUAUUUUUCUUGUACUGAGUUUUGUAUUAUAUUUUCCUAAAUGUUCUCUAAAGCUGAAAAAAAGGACAAAAAAAGAGUGAGUAUAUCUAUAUCUAUAAAUAUAUAUCUAUAUAAGAGAUGGACAGACAGGAAGCCAGGCUUGUUGAGGGGAGAGUCGGGGCAGGGGAGCUCAUACACUGGCUCCCUCUCUCUUGGGUGACUCCUGCUGUCAUUCUGUGCCUUGGUGAGCCUUCCUCCUCCUCCUCCUCCUCCUCCUCCUCCUUACCUCCCCAACUCAGGUCACACUCCCCCUCCUUGUCUUCUCAACACUUCCACAAGCAGAGCGGCCUCGGGAUGACCUCAGAAUCCCCCCGCCGCCUCUUGGUGUCUGCUCGGAGCCACCGCCGCACCCUGCACGCUGUCCAGGACACCCCCCUCCCCCAGCCGCCUCUGUCAUGAAAAUAAACAAAAAGACACACUGGUGACCUCCCAUGGCAGCUUCCAGUCGCCCCCCACCUCCUUCAUCGAAUGGACACCAGCGGGGCUCUAAACGUCUGGCCUUGAAGCUUGUUCAUCUUUUUUUUUUUUUUUUUUUACAAUUAUUGUAUGUUGACUAAAUGUUUGUUCUGCGGGAGCCAACCGGGAGAGGAGCGAUAAAACAAUAAUCCAAUCAAUGGCAGCUUAAGGUGUUAUCCUCCGAGCUCCCAGGUGGACCGUCCCAAACUGAAAAAAAAGUAGUGUCACCCAUCAGUCAGGGGGACUUCUCAACUCACAGCAAUAUGACCAUCUUGUGCUUUCAGACAAGGGAGGGUGGGCAGGUGCUUAAGACAAGCAGGUGGUUUAUUUUUGCUUUUACUCUGUGGUGCAUUUAUGGUGACCAACACUUUUGUUUGUUUAUUUUUUACCUCCUAUCUGCACUCUCUCCGCACACCGCAGGAGGGCAAAAAAAAAAAAAAAAUAACCCCAGGUAAAAUGUCUUUUCUUUUGGUCAUAAAGAGUUUACAUUCAUGUCAGAGCAUUUGUACAUGACUGUUUGUAGCAAAACAAAACAAACAAAUGAAAAAAAGGUGUCCUUGUUGGUCAAAAUGAACAACUGAGUACACUAUUAUUAAAGGCAUCGGACGAUUCUCUCGCACAGAACCUCCUGUAUGAAAAGAGACGUGGAUGGAGCGAGUAGAGAGCCAGAUAUGAGAUUAUAACGUUUUAGUUCUGUCAUUGAAACAUAGCACACACACUCAGGACGAGUGGUUACUGAGCAGCUGACUGGACAUGUCGACAUUAUGGUUGAGUUUUAAAAGGUGGGGCGGUGUGGACGGGAGUUCCUGUAAUGAUGUGCCUUGUGAAAAAAAAAAACAAUUUUCCUUACAAAGCAGAGAUUGUAGUACUUAAAGACGGUCUAUGUAUGUGUAGGCAUGGGCCAUUGACUGGUAUUGACGUUUUAAAAAGUUAUGGUUUCAAAACUGGAAAAUCUUCCGUCACAAAAUAGAAAUGGCUUCUUCGGACCAAUACAGUUUCCUUCAUUUAUGACAUGCCGAUUCAAUUUCAACCAAUCCAUUGUUUUUCUUAGGACUAUAAAGGACUGUUGACAGAAGUAGUACUUUUGAAUCCAAAAGAACAUGAAGGAUAUUUCAAGUCUCUGACUGAUUGAUUGAUUGAUUGAUUGAUACAAGUCCUUUUUGAUUGAUUGAUUGAUACAAGUCCUUUUUGAUUGAUUGAUUGAUACAAGUCCUUUUAAUGAGGUGGCGAUCAAGGGGAAAUUAGCCGAUACUGAAAUCUGGACGAUUUAUCUAUUGGUGGAUCUCCAAUUGAAAGUCCCUUUAAAUGAAAUGCCUGAAGAAAUGCUGGAGUGACUGGAGUUUCCUGCAGCUAGAGUGGCAUAACGUUACCACCUGUUACUGCACACUGCUAGUCAGAUGAUUGAAAACAAGGCUACACUGUUUUUCUCAUGAGAUAGACAACUCUGGUUGUAGUUAAAUUAAAGCAGUUAGAUCGUGUUUGAUAUUUUUGUGUUAGAACCUCUCUAUUUUUUUCUUAAUGUUUUUCCUGAUGUGACAAUAUCUUGACUGGCCCAUGCCUACAUUCGUGUUGCUGUUGGACAGAAAUUAGGUUCGGUGUGGCGCGUUUCUGCAAAACCUGUAGGUAGGUAUGGAAAUUUCUGCAGGAUCGGACAAAAAGGACACCAUGGUCAGACUUCAAAAUCGAGUCAAAUCUGCUGCUGCUUUUAAAAUCCACACAAUGACUUCCAUUAUAAAUAUUAUUCCUGCCAAACAAAGUCACUUUUAUUCCUUCCAUGAUUAAUUAGAAUUUGUCAUGUAAUGCAACGUGGAUAGCUUUAACUACCCUUUAGGCUUUAGGUCAGCUUUCCAGUUUCUGCACUUUUUAGCCUUCAUCUCUUUUCCUUUUAAUUCGCAUCUCCACACAUGGAGCUAGAACCCUCCAGAGCAACAUCCACCAAGAGGAUGCCUGGCUCGGGAUUUAGUACAGAGGACGAUGGAGAAACCGUCGGGGACUGACGUGCUGAGCAGAGGAGGGAGAGUUCUGUGCCAGAGACCUGUGAAAUAUGUUCCUUUAUAGAGGAUGUGUAAUUUGCAUACAGAAGAUGUUAUUAAAUUCCUUUUGUUUUUGUUUUGUUCGUAUGAGUGCGUGUACACGAGUACCUGGUGCUGGCUACAUUUUAGCAAACACUUGAAGGUAUUGUGUAUAGUCUCAUUGUAUUAUAAUUAAAAUGUUUUCUACAUAAA